UACUCUACAUAUCACAAAACAUUUUCUUGCUUAACCCACCUACCUUUUGAUUUUCACUUGCCACACUCCGCGAAGCAGAAAUGGCCUCAACUGCAUGCUUCUUGCACCACCAUGCACUCGCGGCUUCCACCAGAUCAUCACCGUCCAGCCCAUCGCAGCGCCACGUGUCGAACAUCAGGCCGGCCCAAGUAGUCUGCCGGGCCCAGAAGCAGGCGGCCCAGGAAGAGGACGCAAAUACUGUGUCACGUAGGUUGGCUCUGUCUGUGCUCAUUGGAGCUGCAGCAAUUGGCGCCAAGGUUUCUCCUGCUGAUGCUGCCUACGGUGAAGCUGCAAAUGUAUUUGGGAAGCCAAAAACAAACACGGACUACCUCCCAUACAAUGGGGAUGGAUUCAAGCUAUCGAUUCCGUCAAAAUGGAACCCUAGCAAAGAGGUCGAGUAUCCCGGUCAGGUUCUCCGGUACGAGGACAACUUCGACUCCACAAGCAAUGUCUCCGUCAUGGUAACACCCACUGACAAGAAAACCAUCUCAGAUUAUGGUUCCCCCGAGCAGUUCCUUUCUCAGGUGGACUUCUUACUGGGGAAACAGUCAUUUUUUGGCGCCACUGAUGCUGAGGGAGGUUUCACGGACAACGCAGUAGCUACAGCCAACAUAUUGGAGUCAGAGACCAGGGAGGUGAACGGAAAACAAUACUACUUUUUGUCGGUGUUGACAAGGACAGCGGACGGAGACGAAGGAGGGAAGCACCAGCUGAUUACAGCCACUGUUAACAAUGGCAAGCUUUACAUCUGCAAAGCUCAGGCCGGAGACAAGAGGUGGUUUAAGGGAGCAAGAAAGUUUGUGGAGAGCACCGCCAAUUCUUUCAGUGUUGCUUAAAUUUUUAACUAUGAGUUUUUAUGUAAAUCUUUUUUUUUUUUUUAGAAAAAUUUUAAAUAUAUAAUUAAGACUAAUAAGAUGUUUUAUAUGAGUUGUGUAGCUCAACUGUUUUUAUUUUUAUUUUUAUUUUUGUUGUGCUUGAAACUUGAGGAAGAGGUUUGUGGAGACUUUUUCAAUAUUUAUUUGGGAAA